AUGAAUCAACAGCAAGAGGGCUACUUGAACAGCCAGUACGGCACCGUCAACCGGUCGACGAGCUCAUCCAGGCCCGGAUAUGCCACCACCGCCGGAUUCCCAGGCGCCAUGGGGACCGGCCGUCAAAACCAGCGAGGUGGCAUCGAUGCGCUAAGCCAGCAGAUCGGAGACUUGAGCUUCUACUCCAAUUCCGACGAUCGUUUCAAUUCGUUCAACUCGGGUGCCUCACGCUUUGAGAGGUCUGGACCUUCCCCCGUCUCGGGCGCAAAUACUUUCAUGUACGGAAAUGCUCAAGCCUGGAGUUACAAUGGAAAUCCCGCGACGAUCAAUGGUGCCAUAACCGAUCCUACUCGGAUUCGAGGAGGUGUGAAUAGGAGGGCACCUCUCCCUACUGAAUGGGCUGGCAUGGGAGAUUCUAACCUGAGUGGUCAAGCACCGCCUCUGCAGCAACGCGGGCAAAUGCACCAUUACCCUCAGUCUGUGCAAGGCGUAGGGACCACAAACGGCCAGAUUUACACAGUUGCCCCACCCGGUGGGAACUUCAUGCAUCCCGAGAUGGGAUCUCACGGCGAUGAUGACCACGUUGGUGGCCCCGGCUUGAUCAAGACGGCUAUUGUGAUCAAGAACAUUCCUUUCAACGUACGGAAGGAGACCCUGCAGAGCUUGAUGGUGGACAUGAACCUGCCGCAGCCAUACGCUUUCAACUACCACUUCGACCAGGGUGUCUUCCGCGGGCUGGCCUUUGCCAACUUUGCGCACCCCGAAGAGACAAAGGUUGUCAUCAACAGCAUGAACGGAAUGGAUGUGUCCGGUCGCAAACUGCGCGUCGAGUACAAAAAGAUGCUCCCGGAACACGAGCGUGAGAGGAUCGAGCGUGAGAAGCGGGAAAAGCGUGGGCAGUUGGAGGAGCAGCACCGCUCGGUAGCGCCCUUGCAGCACCAGGCAUCCAUCUCCUCACUGAAUGCCGCUUCCACCGUAUCGGAUGCCGCACAUACGUAUAGUAAGCACCGGAUGACCAUGUACUCCAUGUCAGGGAACGGCGAAGAAGCACAAGCCAGGGACGGUUCGGGAAUGCUGACUCAAGUCGCAGGGCCGAGCGAACAACACCCCAUCGAUCUAAACAACGAAUCCACGCUCAAAGCUUACAUGGAGCUCUACAUGUUCAAGAACGAUGUGAACCGCGAGAUCAUGGUAUUCCCCUCAAACCUCACUCCUGAGCAGCGACGCGAUAUCCACAUCCUUUCGCACAACCUUGGUCUGAACCACACCAGCGUUGGGGAUGGCGACAAUCGACAAGUGGUUGUACGCAAGCUUUCUUCGGGCGGAAUGGAGAAGGGGACUCUAGCACCGUCAACUGGCGCCACACUGGACACCCAUCCAAGAGGCCUCAGCCGUGCUGCCACCAUUGACUUUGCCGAACAGUCCAGGGGUGCCCCAUCAGGUACCUACCACACUCAAGCUCGAACAGGCGGUCUGCUUGGGGUCCCCGGCAGUCCGGAUGGUCCGCACGCGAUGAACGGCCUCAGAGGUGUCAAGAGCUUUGCCGACUUGCGCUCCUACAGUCCCAGCCCUUCGCCAUCUGUCACAAGCGCAACUAAUAUUGGCGCUCCGGGACACAACAUUUCUCUCUUUGGUCAUUACACCACCGAUAACAAUGCUGGAUUCCCACCAAUGUCAGUCCCGCCACCGUCGCAAUCGGGUGUUGAGUCCAUGCACACCGAUAGGUUGGGGUCACUCACCAGGGCGGCCUUCGACUCUGGCGUGCCAGUGACCCGGCCUAGGAACGAUGGGCCUGGUGCAAUCGGUAGUAUCGGUGCUAUUGGCAGCCAAAGACCUAGUGCCAACGGCAAUGGCAAUGGCGCAAGCAAUCGUGCUCCGGAAAGGCAGCCUCGGGGUCCCAGUGUAGAGUCUUCUGGGUUCGGAACUCGCACCCGACAGAAUGGCCACAUGCAGCGUAACAGUGGUAUGGUUUAUACCGUCGAGUCCCAAUGUUACAUGCCCCCCUCAAAUGCUAACAAGUGUUGA